AUAUUUUGGAGUACGAUUUGACACUAGUGGUGAUCAGGCGCACCUGUGGAUCUCUAACAGCCCUGGUACUAUGGCAUGUAUUGGACCCCCGCACCUUCUCGCUCUUCUCCCAUAUUCAUUUUCUUUUUUUCAUCUGUUCUCUUUGACGAAGAUAUCAAGUUUUAGAAGCAGCGCAGAGGGCUCAACCAUAGGAGAGAUCAGACUCGUGUCUCAACGGUGAGCAGUGACCAAGGGAAGAUGGCGAUACUCAGGCAAAGGACUUGGGUGCGUGCAAAUCGGAUCAACCUGCGUGCAAAUCGGAUCGUCACCACAACCGACUGGAGGAUUGACUUGUCACCGGACAGCAGAAAUAAGAUCGUUAACAAGAUAAUGUAUACUCUCCAAAAACAUAUGCCAUUUAUAGGUCCCGACAGCAUGAAUGAAUGUAAAAAGAUUGCUUUGCGAUUUGAAGAGAAGAUGUAUGCAGCUGCUGUGGAUCAGCAAGAGUAUCUGCGCAAAAUAGCUCUCAAGAUGCUAUCACUUAGAAAUUAUGUUUCGCGAGAUGGAAAUUCUUCUAGAUUUAAUCCAGCAAGAGCUCAAGCAAAGGCUAUUCGUGUCUCAAUAGUGAGCAGUGACCAAGGGAAGAUGGCGAGACACAGGGGAAGGACAUCACGUACAAGUCGGAUCGUCACCACAACCAACUGGAGGAAUGAGUUGUCGCAGGACACCAGAAAUAAGAUCCUUAAUAAGAUAAUGUAUACUCUCCAAAAACAUAUGCCAUUUAUAGGUCCCGAUGACAUGAAUGAAUGUAAAAAGAUUGCUUUGCGAUUUGAAGAGAAGAUCUAUGCAGCUGCUGUGGAUCAGCAAGACUAUCUGCGCAAAAUAUCUCUCAAGAUGCUAUCAUUAAAAAACAAUGUUUCUCGAGAUGGAAAUUCUUUGGCAGGUGGUUCUACUAGUGGCAACCAGAAGCCUCUAGAUCCUGCUAGAGUAAGUGGCAAUGGCAUUUCACUGCCUCGACAGCCCCAACCUCAAGAAGCAUCACUACCACAAAAGCAGAGACUUGUCUGUCAGCUCCAACAUCAGCCCCAGCAGUUUCAACAACCACAGUUGAACUCAAUACAGCAAGAGCUUCAGCAAAGGCUUGACAUGGCUGUUGGCUUAUUGCAACAGCAGCAUCAACUGAGCUCUAUUGAACAGCAGAAGCAGUUACUGCAAGACCAAACCCAGAGGCUGUCAGAUGUCCUUAAAAUAUCAGUGGAGUCAUCAGGUCAAACUGGACAAUCAAAUGGGCAGGAGAAGAUCUAUCAGAAGCUGCAAAGGCUGAAGGAUAUGUAUUUUCCUGACCUAACAGAAUUACUCCGGAGGCUUACUAUAAAAUCUAGUCAGCCUGUGGCAGCCGAUCAGCUUGAAAAGUUAAAGCUAUAUAGAACCAAAGUUCUUCGUAUGAUGCAAUAUUGUCAAGUUCCAAAGAUCAAUAUUCCACCUGGCUUCGCAGAAGACAAGAUCGAUGCUGUUGAGAAGCAAAUUCAAAGUGUUCUAAGCUCAUUUAUGCUAGGAAAUCCCGCCCCGCAACACGAACAGGGACAUGAGCAUUUCCCGCCUCAGUCCAUUAACCAUUUGCAUUCUAUGCAGCCAGAAUCACAAUCUCUAAUACCUCAGUUGCAACAGAUGAACUUACAGGAUUCUGCAACAUUAGUGCAACCAAACACUGUUCAGCAUAGUUCCAUGCCACGGUUGCAGCAAUCUGGUGUGCAAACAACACUCCCAACUAGUCGAACUGCAAUGCAACCUUGGCCUGGUCUAAAUUCAACACAAGGAAGUGGUGUACGUGUCCUGCAGCAGACUUAUUUCGAACAGGGUAGUAAUAAUAAUAUUAAUGGUCUUUAGCAGACUGGAAACAAUCCUUUACAACAAAAUGAUAUAGCUUUGCAAUUGAAUUAAGUAUGAGUUUACUGGGAUUUAUAAACCUGACUAGAAGAGUUACUUAGAAUAUAAAAGAUAAGUGAUAAUGUUUUUUUUAAAAUAUUUUUUGUUUAAAUAAUUUUGAUAAUAUAAUGUGUUGCCAUUAAGAAUA